AUGGUCUUCAACUUAUUUGUCGGCAUUAAUGCAUCCGAUAUAAACUACUCAGCUGGUCGAUAUGACGCAUCAGUUAAACCCCCAUUUGAUAUAGGUUUUGAAGGUGUUGGGGAUGUGGUGGCGUUAGGACUCAGUGCUAGUGCUGAUUAUACAGUGGGUCAAGCUGUGGCCUACGUGAAAGCAGGUUCCUUUGCUGAAUACACAGUUGUGCCUGCCAAACAUGCAGUUCCUCUACCCUCUGUGAAACCCGAAUUUCUUACUUUAAUGGUAAGUGGCGCUACUGCAUACAUCAGUUUGAAAGAGCUGGGAGAGCUGUCUGAAGGCAAGAAGGUUCUGGUGACAGCAGCGGCUGGAGGAACAGGCCAGUUUGCUGUGCAACUUGCAAAGAAAGCAAAAUGCCACGUGAUUGGAACCUGCUCCAGUGAUGAAAAGGGUGGUUUUCUGAAAUCCAUUGGCUGUGACCGUACGAUCAACUAUAAAACUGAAAAUGUUGAAUCUGUUCUUAGGAAGGACUACCCCGAAGGUGUGGAUGUUGUGUAUGAAUCUGUUGGGGGAAAGAUGUUUGACUUGGCUAUGAACUCCUUGGCUACCAAAGGGCGCCUGAUAGUUAUUGGGUUUAUCGCUGGCUACCAAAACCCUACAGGCCUCCAGCCCAUUAAAGCAGAGUUACUGCCAGCAAAACUAUUGAAGAAGUCUGCCAGCGUCCGGGGUUUCUUCUUGAACCAUUACCUUUCUGAAUACAAAAUGGCUCUGAAGCACUUGCUCAAGAUGUAUGAAAAAGGAGACUUGGUUUGUGAGGUGGACUUUGGAGACAUGUCUCCAGAGGGCAAGUUCACUGGCCUGGAGUCUGUGUUCCGUGCUGUAGAUUACAUGUACAUGGGAAAAAACAUUGGAAAAAUUGUAGUUGAAUUACCUCACUCUGUCAACAGUAAGCUGUAAAAACAGAACAAUGAUAUAAAUCAGAAGAGAGAAAAUGGGCACUUUAUGUCUCAGAAUUACUAGAAACAAUUUCCCUUUUUAAGCUUGGUAAUUGAUACUAUAUUAAAAAACAGCAUUAAGGUGUUAAUAAAAAGUUUUGUGUUUUUUUCCUUUUCUAAAAAGUGCUUAAAUCAGUGGCUGCAGUACAGACUUAAUGGGCCUGUGUUUGAUUCUGUCACUUAGGCUAGCAUGAGACAAGAAUAUUGUUCUUGACAGACUAAGUCUUGACGCAGAGGCAGAUUUAAUCUGUUGGACUGGUUUGAUAAUACUCCAUAUGUAGUUCAGAUUAGAACAAAAUUAUUUCAGCCAUUUUAAUUCUGUGAUUUAAAAAUAAAAUAAUUAGAACAAGACUAAGUAAGGAGUUAUCUUGUGGUUGCUCCAUUAAUCUCUUCAAGUUUCUAGAAAAAAUUAUGCUCUUCAUUUUUUGUCACAAACACGAUAAUCAUAAUUCAGUUGCAUCAU